AUGAGAGCAUGUGAUGAACCAGUGAAAUACAGUAAGGUGGUGGCAAAAUUACUUAGAACCUUGACACCUCAAUUUGAUCAUAUUGUUGUUGCAAUUGAGGAAUGUAAGGAUCUUAAGAAGAUGUUCGUUGAAGAACUACAGAACUCACUAAAGGCCCACGAACAAUGGCUAAUUGAGAGAAAAAAUAAUGAGAAAAGCAUUGAUCAAGCCUUUCAAAACAUAGUUGAUCAUCAAAGGUUUAUAGGGCGUGGUGGUAGAAGAGGAAGAGGAAGAUCAAGGGGUGGUAGAAGUGGAGGAAGAAAUGGAGAAUUUGUGAGCAAUCAGUUUGAUCAUUACUCAUAUGAAUGCCGACAAAAUGAUACAACCAAGACUAACAAGAAAGGUGAUAAGGCAUAUCUAGCACAAGAUGAAGGUCAUUUUGACUCAGACCGUGUAGUGUUGAUGGUCACUACUAGCAAGGGAGAUGAUGAUUUUUGCUGGUAUUUGGAUACAGGUUGCUUGAAUCUCAUGACGAGAAAUAAGGAGUGGUUGAUCAAUCUUGAUCCAAGCAUGAAGAGCAACAUAAGGUUUAUUGAUAAUAGCACCAUAAUUGUAAAGGGAAUUGAGAGAGUACAACUCAAUUGCAAGAAUGGAAAGAUGGCAUACAUGAAUGAUGUACCAUAUGUUCCUUCUAUGAAGAAUAACCUUUUAAACUUGGGGCAACUGCUUGAAAAGAGCUAUACUAUGUCUAUGCAAGAGAAUUAG